AGGCGGCCAUGCGGGGCGGGAAGGCUCGGCCGGGGAGCCGCGGCGGCGGAGGCGGCGCUGCUGGGGAGACGCGCCGGACGGCUUGAAGCCCCGGCAGGGCCGAGAGGGACGGAGGCGGCGGGAGCGGCUGGGCUGAGGCGACCGGCUCCGGCGCUCAUGAUGGCGGCGGCGGCGGCGGCACUGGCGGCGGCGUGGAGGCGGCGGCUGUGAAGGGAGCCGACAGGGCCAUGGCGGCGGGCGUCAGCUACACGCCGCCCUGGUGGGUGAGCCUCCUGCACCGCCUGCCCCACUACAGCCUCCGGUGGGAGCCCGCCGGCCACGACUUCCGACCGGAGGACCCCGAGUACCAGCAGGCCCUGUUGCUGAUAGGUGGGGUUGCCGUGUCCUGCCUGGCUCUGGAUCUCCUCUUCCUCCUCUUCUACUCCUUCUGGCUGUGCUGUCGCCAUCGGAAGAGCGAAGAACAGCUGAACGCAGAUUGCUGCUGUACAGCCUGGUGUGUCAUCAUUGCCACGCUGGUCUGCAGUGCCGGGAUCGCUGUCGGCUUCUAUGGAAAUGGGGAAACCAGCGAUGGCAUUCAUCGAGUGACGUAUUCCCUCCGGCAUGCCAAUCGCACUGUUUCUGGGGUCCAAGACCGGGUGCUCGACACAGCAGUUGCCCUAAACCAAACGGCAGAACCGAACUUAGUGGUCCUCGAGGAGAUGUUUGCCAAGCAGACGGACUUCCUGCACGUUGUCCAGAAGCUCCAAGGACUGCUGGAUGAUCUAGUGAGGCAGGCAACCGAGAUCCCUUUCUGGAAGAACGAGGACGUCUCUCUGGAAGAGUUGGCCGUCCGGGUCGAUCUGUAUGACUGGUACAGGUGGCUGGGAUACCUGGGCUUGCUCCUGUUCCAUGUCUUGAUCUGUUUGCUGGUGCUGUUUGGACUGAUUAGAAACUCAAAGGCUAUUCUGAUAGGGGUGUGCCUUCUAGGGGUUCUUGCCCUUGUCGUAAGCUGGGGAUCGCUGGGUCUGGAGCUAGCUGUGGCUGUGGGUUCCAGUGACUUCUGUGUCAGUCCUGAUGCCUACAUCUCCAGGGUGGUGGAGGAUCAUGCAGUUGUCACUACUGAUAUUCUGAACUAUUACCUGGCCUGCAGCGCUGGCUCCCCGAACCCCUUCCAGCAGAAACUGUCAGGAAGCCACAAAGCCCUGGUGGAAAUGCAAGAUGAUGUACAAGAACUGAUGAAGUCGGCCAUCCGGGAGUACCCUGCUUCCAAGGAAUAUCUUAACCGGGUGCAAGAAGUUCUGAACUCCACAGAAAUCAACCUGCAGCAUUUGACUGCCCUGGUGGACUGUCGGAGCCUGCAUCUGGAUUAUGUCCAAGCCCUGACAGGCUUCUGCUAUGAUGGCGUGGAAGGGCUGAUCUAUUUGGUGCUGUUUUCCUUCGUCACGGCCCUGAUGUUCAGUUCCAUAGUGUGCAGCGUCCCCCACACGUGGCAGCAGAAGAGGGGUUCAGAUGACGAUGGAGAAGACGAAUCGACGGCUCAAGGGAACCGGCAGACCCACGACAACCUGUACCGGGUGCACAUGCCCAGCCUUUAUAGCUGCGGGAGCAGCUACGGCAGUGAGGCCAGCAUCCCUGCAGCAGCGCACACAGUCAGCAAUGCUCCUGUCACGGAGUACAUGAGCCAAAAUACAAACUUCCAGAAUCCUCGCUGUGAGAACACCCCGUUGAUUGGCCGAGAGUCCCCACCUCCCUCAUACACCUCCAGCAUGAGAGCCAAAUACCUCGCCACCAGCCAGCCUCGGCCAGACUCUGGGGGUGUGCACUAAAAACUAGAAUACCUUUCCAGUCAAACCGAAACAAAACGUGCCAACCGCUGCCAUCCUGUCCUGCCCUCCCGGAGCAGCCCCCGCUUUCUUCCUGACCCAAAUCCAGUUCUGUGGCUUUUCCUGUUUCUCCGGCCCAUCCUGUUGCCUGGGACAUGUUCAUUUUUGGAAGAAACCCGGAGGGAAGCUUGCUGAAGACUUAACGCUUUCGUUAUAUGUGGGGGGGAGUGACGAAUAAACAUGUACAGUAGAUCCGGGCCGGCCUUCAGUGUGCGGGACUAGCUCUGUCACCAUCUGACCGGGAAUUAGUUUGCAAACUUAUUUGCUGCCUCCUCUUCCUCCCUGGCCAGUCUAAUCCGUAAGACGAGCCAAUCAACUUCUUCAGGCGACCUGAGAAAAGUUGAUCUCUCCAUUUGCAGAAGUGCCGUGGAUUACAACACACUAACACAAGGGAGCAACCUUUAAUGCGCACAUAGUCCAAAAGCUCAUCUCGUGCCCGUCUCCUUCUUGGAAACCUGACUGUCUGUUUUCAGAGGGGGUUUUUUUGUGGGGUGGGGUGAGGGGGGGUUUGGUGCUACAGUGGAGAAAGAACUGCCUGUUCUUCACGUCCUGAUCAAUCUCGGAAUUGGGAUUGUUUGCUUUCCUUUCCUUUUUUUUUAAAGAACUGAAAAAUCCACUGAUUCCUUUUGUGGCUCCUCUCAGAUAACGUGGCUCUUUCCUUUGUAUCUCGCCCAGACUUCCGAGGGAGAAGCAGGCCACAUCUGCUCUUCGUGAGGUAGCUCUCUGCUCCCACAUAAUCUUCAGGGUCCCUUCCCACCAAUCCAGUGCCCCACAAUUAGUCCUAGGAGCAGAAAAUAUGAAGGGUGAGGAAUGUCUCUGACCAGCCUUGCUGAACUAGCCUGCUCCUCUUGGAUCCCUUAUUUUAUAACCGCAGUUAGUGGGGCUGUGUGGAAAUGCUUUGGCCAACCCUGUUUUGACUGUGCACCCCAAGCCAGAGUCUUUUUAAAAAGUUCCAGGAAAAGGUUUCAGGAGCAUCAGGGCAGAACAGGGGGGAGAAUUGGACAGGAGGAGAGCAGUUCUGUGCCAGGAGUCCAAAUGCAACAGGGAAGAAACGAAGAAUGCUUGCCCUUCCCAGAAGCUCAGGAACCCAUCUUAUGCACAACUGCCCCCUGAUGCAUAAGCGCUGCAUUUCUGAAAGCAUUCGCUUUUAGAUGCAGAAGCAUCGUGGGGCACAAGACGCAGAAGGAAAGCAAACGGUUAAGUACGUAUCAGAACAGACUCCUCCCCCUCUGAAGCAGUCUUAAUUUCAUAUGUGGCCUGGUUCCAGUUGCCUUGUAGUGUACCAGGGCGGAGGGACAACAGGGAUUAAAUGACCAUUGGAGGGGGCACAUGAGCCACUGUCCGCUGUCCUUGUGCUAGAAGGCGUCAUCUUGCAAAGCAAGAAUGCAGCUUGCAAGGAAACCUCAGGCAAGGACAACUGUAUCUUCAUUGAGCUGUGAUAUCAGAAGCAGGGCUCUCGCUGCUAAGUCUUUUGGUUAAUGACUCUGCCGCGUUCCAAGGAAGUCUUCCCUUAGAAACAAUUCUUGCAAGAAGAGGUGGCUCUUUGGAGACUUUUUGUUGAGAAAGGAAAAGGGCACUAGCGGGCCUUAAGUCCUUGGGUGUUGCCCAUGGACCCAUGAGAAGAAGCACAGAGUCAGUUUGUUCACUAGCCUGACCCUUUGGGAUCCUUUUAAGAUCCACCGUGGGUUAAAAGUUUUGUGCCAAUACACAGAUAGCGAGCUUUUAAAAUACAUCAGAGUCUUAAGUGAUGGUGGUGUAGCAUCUGUGCUGCUAGGAGGAGCAACUAGGAAGUUAGAGCCAGCCACUGUUGUUCCCCACAUCCCUUACAAGAGAAAGUUGUCCGCUGUCGUCUCCCCAACUGGACCAAGUCCCCAUUCUGACGACCGUGACACAAGCAGGUCAGCUGUAGAAGGUGCGCUCAAUAGGUGGCAGCGAAUCGUGCCUGUAGACUGCAUUUUUAAAACGCCUGUUCUUCACAUCUGUAGAUAGUGCACAUAGAUCCCAAAACAUGUGAAAGGGUCUUUAGAAGAUACUGAGGAAGUAGCCCUUUCUAGACCAGGCUCUCUUUGGUAGCGUAGCGAUAGUUCUUCGAGGCAAGAAUCUUGAGAAAGGAAACCCUUCCGGAUUUCCCCUCCCACAUCUUGUGCCCCACAAUUAGUCCUAGGAGCAGGAAAUUGAAGGGUGUGGAGCGUCCCAGUGGAGACCAAAUUUUUAGCCAGAGCCAAGGACCUGUCCACAUGUUACCAUAACCACUAGAGAAGUUAUCUUCCGUCUUGCUUCUUGGCCCAGCCACUGCUUACGCUGUGAAGAGGGACGUUGUUGGUAUAUCCUAUGUUGCAUAUUGAAGAUGUGCAAAGAUAUGGGUCCAUAAAUAGGAGAAUUGAAUAUUUCUUCCCUCCUCCCCCUUCCCAUACAAUGCUACUACCAUGCCAACCAUGAGGUCUGUGUAUACUGCCUGCAUCCCACCUGGGGACUCCUAGACUCAGCUUCCAGAGAUCGUCAUGGCGAACAACGGGCUUACCACCUACAAUACAAAACCUGGGUAUAUUUAAACUGAAUUGGUUGAGCCUCAACUUUUUGGAACCUUUUUUAAGUCACCUGUGGGAUACCGACAGCUCACAGGCAUCUCUUGGGGCUGUUCUUCUACAUGAACUUGUUUCCGAAUGUUUGUGUGUGUGUGGUGUGUGUGUGUGCGCGUACGUGCGUGCCUGUGUGCAAGAGAGGUCAUUUGCACGGGCGUGAAGAGAAGCUCACACAACCGCAACCUGUCGAGGAGACGUGACUUUUGUGUAGCCUCUGGCGCAAACCUGAAGCGCUGCACGGUUGCAGCAUGCCUGUGGAAUGGGCUUCUUGGGAGUUGUAUUUCCCCCUCCCUGUUCCUUCUUUAGGAGCCCCCUUCUAACAAGAUUGAUCCCAAAUCUUGAGCAGCAGGGAUCAUCUUUUAGCUGACUUUGGUGCUUAUCGGGGCUCCGAACGGUUUUUGGUAUCGCAAAAGACACUGCCCCACCCCCCCGCCACCGAACACCCUUUCCCUAAUUUGUAUGAAUUUUUAAGUGAUACGAUAUCUCAACACCACGUUGCUUGGAAUGUGUCCCUUUGGCUGAUCUUCUUGGCAUCCCUCUGUCACUUCAAGACCACUGUCAUGGCAUUGACUUAUGUUUCGGACAUUCAGGAGAAAUCAAGAGUCUAAUCUUGUCUGGAUACGGAUGAGAAGGCCGAAGACUGUGAUAUAAGUGAGUGGAAAAGAGCUUCAUAGCUUUUCUCUCAAACAUACACACCACAAUCUGCUCAUCUGGUUUAUUUUGUUGGGUUUUUUUCCCUUUUCUCCCACUGCAUCAUCACAGCACCUUUGAAAAAAAAAUCAAUAAAUUUGUGAUGUGAAUCGAAGAUCUUGUCAAGCACACAGACAUCUCCACAAUGUGAAAUGUAAAUAGCAUGCCGAGGCUCUUCGCAUCCCGUGUUCAAAACUGCAUUGUAAUUGUUUAAAAAAAAAAAGAGGAAAUCGAAUCAAGACUUGGCUGUGAAUUUUUAUUUUUAUCUUUUUGUGCUGUCUUGGAAAUAUGACUGUCGUGUUUGUAUCCUGUACGUAAUAUUAGCAGAGGCCAUUUUGAGUUCGCUUAUUGUUGAUUUCUUUUUUUAAGGGGGGGUGGCCAAGGUAAGAAUCAUGUCAUUUGUCCAUUUACCUGGUUCUGAGGAAUACGAUUUGCCCCCAAUCCACAUCCUCAGCCUCAUAUGUAGAGAACUUGACCGCAGAGUUUGAAACUGGCCCACAUGCUCUUUGUACAUCCUCAUUCAGAGGGCAUAGCUUGAUAAAAUUUCCAGCAAUUCUUUGUCUGGUAUUCUUGGGCAUUCCUGCUCAGCAAAUAGAUUGGGCGUUUAGACAAUUCACACUUCCACAGCUUGUGAGUCCCCAAGCCAGAUAAUGUGGAUUUCUGUGGUUACCAAACAAGGGAGCGGUUUGGAACACCACCACACACAACCGUUCAACUAGGCUUGGUGAGUCCCAAGAUGUACGCACUGCCCGACAUUUCGAGCUGAGCGUCAUUUGAGCCAAUGUCUGCGUAGCAGUCGCAGCUCUGCUACGGACUGUGGCACAGCGUAUGUGCCGGGAAGGAGCAUCACAUACCAUGGAAGGCGACUGAGAACAAAAUGGCGGGCUGAGCCAAAGACCCAGAAGGCUGGGCAGCAGUGUAGGUUGAGUUUGAUUGGUGACAGCACAGGCCAAAAAGGUAAUGAAAACAAGGCAGACCGAGAUGUUUGCUUUAAUUCCGUUCUGUUUGAUGCUUCCUUGAAAUGUAAUGCAAGUUUCUUAACUGAAGGAUGUGACGGUUGAGACUGAUUUAUGCCACUCUUGUUUAUUGGAUUGGGAUGGGAACCAUUGGAUGAUGUCGGGUCAGUUGGCCACUGGUGUGGUCUUGUGUGAUUUCUGGCAAGCUGUCAUAUCCUCCAUCCCUUUAUUUUUAGGGGAGCACGUGACUAUCUUCCAGUCUGUUCUCGAACUCAUUUACCACCCUCCACAAGGUGGGUGGUACCAAAUGCCUUAGGAGCUGCUCCUGGGUCAGACCCAACUUCAGCAUUACCCGUGCGAUUAAGAUAUCAGCCCCACUCGCACCACAAAGCCCCCUAAAUCCUCAAGCUCCAGUUCCCUAUGUGAAUUUCCUCCCUGAUGUUGGGUGAAGGAGGGUCAGCAGUAAAGGAAAACCCAGCCACGCAGCGACCCAAGGUAUUUCCAAUUCUGUUAACUGCCAUUUUAGCAACUCGUCCAGCAGCUGAUAACGGACUCCGCCCGGGAUGAAAAGAGGCCUGCCGUUAUUUCUGUGUUUAUUGCGCCCUUGCUGUGAGACGACGUCCCAGGGAUCAAACAAGAAUCGUAACCUGUGGCUUUUUGUUGUUGUGUCCCAAAGAACAGUUCAAGGAGGCUGGUAGAGACUCUAAUGGAGUCCGAGUUCACACCUCUGCUGUUAUUGUAGGAAUGGGAUAGUUGGAGGCUUAGAAGAGGGAACUGGCAUCCUCUGGGUUUUUUAAUCAUUUGCAGUUAAAGUUUCAGUGGUGGGAGCAGACUGUUCAGCCACACCUACUAGUUAAAUUGUCCCCUGCCAGUUGGGAGACCCCCUUCCGCCACCUUUGUGAAGCUCGCAUUGACAUCCCCAACUUCUUUUAUUGUGCUUCGUUUUUAACUUAUUUAUUGAUAUCGCUCAAAUCAGUGCCCUUCCAUCUCCGGAGCAUUUGGGCCAAACAAAAGCACCGGGACCAGUUUUCAAGGGGACCAUAAUUCAGGCAGCCGUGGGGAGUUUCAGAGUCUGAGGCCCCUUCUGCACAUGCAGAAUGAUGCACUUACAAUCCACUUUCACAAUUGUUUGCGAGUGGGUUUUGGGAUUCUGCACAGUGAAAUCCAGCUGCAAAGUGCAUUGAAAGUGGAUUGAAAGUGCAUUAUUCUGCAUGUACGGAAGGGGCCUCAGUCCUCCCUCUCACUGUCAAGAGAGGGAGGAACUGGUAUCGGGGCUUGCUGUAGGUGUCUAGCAUACUUACACCACUGUUCUCCUCUCUAUGCAAUCAUAAUUUCCCAUUUCCUCACUGCCACUCAGAAACACACGAUUCUCGUUCCGAAUCUUUUGCAAAAGCUUCAUAUCCAAAGAGUGUGGACGUCGGUGGCAGAGCAUGCCCAUGUAUUCUCCCCACAGCUUUUGCACUGAGCGUUUUUGGGUGCUCAAUGUGGCAGCGGAGGUUUUGCCAACUUUUGAAAACGACCUACUCACUGCAGAAUCCCAGAUGAACGUGCAGGCGUCAGCAAAGGGAUUUAUCCUCCAUUCUAUGAAAAGCUUCGCCUGCAGGCUUUCUGUACGUCCAGGCUGUGGCGAAACUCACAAAAACAGGCCAGGCUAAACGUUCUGGAGUAAAUCCCAUUGAAUAGGCUUGAGUAGACCCUGGGGGUAGACAGCACUGUUGGAAAGUUUCACUGCCAUCCUAAGCAAUGUUACACCCUUUGGAGUCCACCGAAGUCAUUUGGCGCAGAAGGGCGUCACUCAGUUUAGGACUGCAUUGCCAAGGUCUUAACGCCCUGAGUAAAUCUCUUAUUAGCCAGAAUAAACACAGCAGUUUCCUUUAGAUUUCAUUCUUCUGGAUUUUGAAAUUUCUCUCCCACUUAGGACAUUUGUGGGUCUGUUCCAAACUUACCAGUGAAGACUAACUCAACUUUGCCUCCCCCGCCUUCACCCCCAAAUGUUUUGUGUUUUAUUUUUAAUUGCGGGGAUUUAAAAUUGAGGAGUGAGCCUUCUAUUUUUUUAAAUCUUUUUUUAAUUUUAUUUUAAUUUUAUGAAUUGUACUGUACCUGUUUUUUACUGGAUUUUUUUCCCGUUCUGCAACUACUAAGCAAAAACAUUCUAAAUGUCAUUUCUGUGGUUUCUAAUCAGCUUGGGUUUAAUGUUUUAAAAUAAAAAAAAUUCAAAAAUAAA